AUGGUCAGCAUUCCUGGGUUCGCGAUUGUUCGGCGCCGAUAUCUCACAACAAGGCCCAGUAGGAAACGUGAGAACGAUGAGGGUUCUUGGCUAAAGGGUACGUUCCUUCUCAUUGUUAGCAGUUGGUUGAGGCCGCAGGAGCCCGAAGUUCGUGAUGUGGGGAGAUGCUUGUUACCCAGCCCAAAGAUCACUUUCCUCAUUGACAAGCCGGGAGAUCUUGUUUGCCAAAUUUGUCACCAUAGUCAGUUAGCGCUCCGCAAUGAGGCAGAGGCAAGAGGCCUAUACGUGGAGCUCUGGGAUAGUGUUCCCGCGAUGUUGCCCUGCGGGCACGUAGCGGGCACAGUGUUUGGAGACCUGGCUCCGGAUUACGAGAGCUGCCCCUUUUGUCGACAAGAGCUCGUCCAUAGUAAGUGCGGGCAUCAAGUACAACCCCGACAUCUUUUCAGCCAGAACGUAGCCUUUACGCCGAACUCGAUACCACAUGGAGGUAGCAUACCGGAAUUAUGUUACGCAUACUACAAGGCUGCUCUCUGGGUUUCAGCUGACGUCCGGUACCGAGCUUGUAAGCGCCGGUUCGAACAAGCAAGAAGCAGGCACCUUGCGUCUGAAAGCCAGGCAGACGCUAAUAUCCUACUGCACAUGAAAGUCGAUUUUGAGAAGGUGAUGGUAGAGGAGUUCUAG